AUGCAGACGAAGCAGAAAAAGCCAAAGUGGAGAAAAAAAAUUCUCCAAAUCAGAGAUGCAAAGGGACAGUCUAACAACAACUGGGGACAUGUUGCCCUGAUUGAUGGACUUUCAAGUACGAAGGGAAGUUUGUUUGGUGAUGACUUUGGUCUCCAUGACAAUGUGUCAAGAAUCAACAUAUUAGAAUUUCUUAAACUACUACCAAUUACAAAGGCACGAAGAAAGUACUCUGCAAUGGAAACACUGAGCCACGAGGCUCCCUUCUAUGAUAACCUUUCUGCUGGAGAGACUCCUCCAAGUCCAACUACACCAUUGCAGGAUCCACAGGAGAAGAAACAGCUAUCUGUUGAGGAAGAAGAAGAGGAAGAAAAUGAGGUAAAAGCAAAUACUUUAUUGGAUCUAAAUGCCCCUGGUGAUGAUUCUGCUAUUGGGUGCAGUCGAGUGCUGAAUCUCAUCACGUGUUUGGACACGGAUUUGUCAUCAGAAAACCCCCAUGAGCCACGAGUGUUCUCUUGCAACUACUGCCAGAGAAAGUUUUACAGUUCACAAGCUCUUGGGGGACACCAAAAUGCUCACAAAAAAGAGAGGUCAAUUGCAAAGAGAGGUCACAGAUCAGGAUCACGCAUGAUGGCCUCAGCAACAGCUUUUGGGAUUCCCUUUCUCCACAAUCACCUUCCUCACUAUGCUACCAUGGCUUCUCUGCCUCUCCAUGGUGCUUGUAGCAAUAAACCACUUGGAAUUCAGGCUCACUCUAUGAUUCACAAGCCUCCUCCUCCUUCUUCUCAUAUUUCAUUCAAUGGGUUUGGAAACACUUUUGGACAGCUUCAUGCGUGGUCAAGACCCCUUAUCACCCAACAACCUAGAAUAGGGAAGUUAACGAUGGAAAGUUGUCACAAAACAUCACGAGGCAGCGUUGGGAGAUUCGAAGCGGUGAGCACCAUGCUCAAUCCAGCAGGUAAUGAAGAAGCCAGUGGAUAUCUGGUUAGUGGAAUUACUCGUUUGAAGACUAGUCAAGAAGAAAAGAAGCACCUUGACUUGUCCCUAAAGCUCUAA